AGGAGACCAUCAGGGAGGCCCUGGAGAUGAUGACCACAGAGACAGGUGCCACAGCUGACCCCGUACACCUGGGAGACUCAGCCUCCAGCAUCAUGAAUAAAGUUCAGGGAAUUACUGGAGAGAUACCCAAGAAGCAAUUAACAGUUGAGGACCUCUGCAGGAUGAGUGAGCCCAUCAAGAGGCUGGUGGAGGCUGGCCGGGUGGUGGCCGUCAAGAGGCUGGUGGAGGCUGGCCGGGUGUUGGCCGUCCAGGAAGACCAAGAUGGCCGUCGCUCCGCCAGGAUAACUCUACAAGACGGACAGAUAACAAGCCAGAGGAAUGUUCAGUGUGUUUUAACGAUUAUGAUGACAAUCAGCUACGGCCUCGCAAUCUGCCGUGUGGCCACACAUUCUCCAGGCAGCCUCCCCAGUGUGUUGACAGUGCUAUCAAGAAUGGUCAGCUGUCCUGCCCCAGCUGCCGUGCCCAGCACACUGCCACAGCUGCUACUCAGUUCCCAAUUAGCUAUGCUGUGGAGGCUUUUGUUAGGAAACUCAAAAAUAUUCAGCUAA